AUGGCCACAUCGAUAUCGAGCGACCACAAACAGCUUGAUUAUCAUGUCAUAUGUGCGAGGAUCUUUCCAUUGGUUAGAACUAAUGCGUCGGUGUCGAUUAAGGUGCUGCAAGAGGCAACGGAGGCGACAUAUGGUUUCAGGCCUAGUUAUAGGAAGGUGUGUAUCGACGGAACACACCUGUAUGGCAAGUAUGGAGGGACGUUGUUGUUGGCGAUUGCUCAAGAUGGAAACUCGAAUAUAUUGCCUGUUGCGUUUGCACUCGUGGAGGGGGAAAAUGCAGAGUCUUGGUCAUAUUUUCUAUCCAACCUUAGAAGACAUGUUACUCCAGAGCAAGGUAUCCUCGUGAUUUCUGAUCGACACAAUGGCAUCAAGGCUGCACUGGAGGCACCAGAAAGUGGUUGGCGACCUCCCCAUGCUUAUCAGGCAUUCUGUAUUUGGCAUGUUGCUACAAAUUUUGCCCUUACUUUCAAGGGGCAGGAUGCAAGGAGGUGGCUGGUAAAUGCCGCUUAUGCAAAGACAGAAGCAGAAUUUGACUAUUGGUUUGAUAUAAUGAGGACAGAGAACUCGGCUUUGUGUGAUUGGGUAAACAGGAUGGAGUAUGAGAGGUGGACACAGCACAAGGAUGGGGGGAGACGAUAUGGUCACAUGACGACCAACAUUUUUGAGUGCGUGAACUCUGUUUUGAAGGGCACAAGAAAUCUACCGGUGACAUCCUUGGUAAAGUCAACCUAUCUUCGACUGGCUGAGUUGUUUGGUUAUCUGGGGCAGACAGCAGAGGCACAGUUAGGGUUCGGCCACCGGUAUUCCCAGGCACUUAUUAAGGCCAUUGAACGAAACUUGAGGGAUUCGAGGUGCUUCACUGUGACCGUGUUUGAUAGGCAUCAACUUGACUAUACAGUGGUAGAGACUACCCCCACAGGCAAAUUCUUGUUGGUAGCUACUGGGUUUCCCUAA